AUGGAUCUAAAAGUAUUAUUCCACAACCCAGAUGAGUUGACAGACGUUGAGCUCCACGUUCUUAGAAACAAGAUCCAACAACAGUAAUUAAUGCCCUACUUCUCAGCUGGUAUUGCAGGCUUUGGCAUGUAUGUCCUCGACAACAAGAUCUUACGUAGAUUCUCCGAUUGGAAGAGAAUCGCUCUAGCUGCUUCAGCUGGUUUUGUGAUCGGAGCUAUUGGUUCUUAUCAAGUUAGAUCUACAAUUCAAAGGAAGUUAGAUAUGGAAAUUGUUGAGGCUUUCGAGACUAGAUACGCUCAGACUGCACUUAAUAUGUCUGGCUUCGGUAAUAACCAUCUUAACGCUGUUGCUCAUUCAGUUUCAAACCCUAAACAGAAGCCUUAUUGA